GGGGAAAGUUAGGUUUUGGGAGCGGAGAGGGUACGCGGUCACCCCGCCAUGUCUGGUGAGCUAGGUCAGCCGCAGGAAGGCCCGUCACAUUCUGGGCUCUAUCUGCCGAACCCUGAGGGAAAUGAGGCUGAGGUCCAGAGAAGUGUGAACCAAAGGGUUGGUACCCCAAGGCGCAGGUCCUGGAUCCAAAACGUUCUUGAGCAAAUAACGGACUCUCCUCGCCGGUGUAGCACCCCGUUGGAGGUGGUGCCUGUCGCUGUUUUGGCCGUCCAGAGGUACCUGUUAGAGGGUGAGCCACGCGACAUGGAACCUAAACCUCCGCUUUAUUGCUAUGAUGUGACGAUCUCGGACGGGGUGUUCCGUGAGAAGUGCUACCUGGACCCCAGCCUGAAUUUUCUCGUAUAUAAAAAUAUUCUCAAAGUUGGCAUAGAAGUGAAAAUUUCCAGAGUCUCGUGUAUUUACAACGAGAAAAGAUUAGGCCAGGUGAUCCUGUGCAUAGAUAACGUCCACUGUGGGGAGCCCCUGGACUCUAUUUCUUUAGAAAUUCCCUUCAGAAAUAGAGCGCACCGGGAAAUCCCGGAGAGGCCGUUAAGAGGCGGAAAGAGCCAUUACCUGGCCCUGUGGAAUAACGAAGAUCCAUAUGGAGAUAUCUGGUUAAGCAACAAGCAACCUGAAGAGCACAAUUUUAACAAUAUCAGAAUAAUUUCCCUUUCUCACCUUGAAAUGACCUGGUCUAACAUAAGGAAUUUUCCUGCAUUGCUUGUGAGAAUCUUGCAUAAAUCAAAACUGCGAUACUAUGGAAAACCCAAUAAAAAGAUGAUUGAGCCAUACCAGACCUUUUUGGAAGUUGCUGACAGUUCAGGCACCGUGUCAGUGAUUAUGUGGAAUGCCCUGUGUCCUGAGUGGUAUAAAAGUUUGCAUGUUGGUUUAGUUCUUCUGCUUCAAGAUUAUUCUAUUAAAAAGAGUCACCCCUUCAGGAUGCAGCCUCUCCCUGUGGAUCCACAGAUCAAACUAAUUUCUACAAUGGAAAUCUGCCUGAACCUUCGAAAUCCUCCAACUAAUAUAAUUAUCAUUCCAGAAAAGCAGGUGAAACCAGAAUGGAGAUUGCCAAAAUUAAACCACCGUUUUGUCACAAGAUCCGAACUGGAUGAUAUGCCAGAAAAUAGUAUCUGUGAUGUUAUUGGCAUUUUAGUUUUUGUAGGAAGAGUCCAGCGGUCAAAAAAGAAGGAAAGCCGUGAAGAUUUUUGGUCAUAUCGCUGGAUUCACAUUGCUGAUGGGACUUCCAAAAAACCAUUUAUAGUGGAACUGUUUUCUACAUCUCAGCCAGAAGUCUUUGAAAAUAUUUACCCAAUGGCACACUUCACGUGUACACAGUUGAAAGUUGUCAGAAAUGACACUCAAGUACCUGAACUGCUUUACCUUACUACUACAAAUGAGAGUCGCAUGUUUAUUACUGGUCAUAGAGGCCAGCCGUAUACCAACGAUACCAAGGUAAAAAACUUUAUUCAGUGGAUUAAAACAAAGACCAGUUCUGGGGAAUUGAAGAACACUGUUAUUGGUGGAUAUUACCCCUAUCCACCAGUGCCAGAAACAUUUUCGAAGUAUAAUAUUUCUGUUAAAGUUGAGUUGUUCUUCACAGCUAUAAGUGAAGUGAGGAAGGAGAUUGAAGACUUGCAGUAUAGGGAACAAAAGCGCAUUGCAAUUCAGGGGAUAAUUACUGUUAUAAAGUAUGUCCCCUAUAGCGGUGCAACUGAAAGUGCCUCAGCAUCUGAAACACUACGGAAUGCUAACCGACGCUCAACAUCCCAAGCAGCUAGAAGAGAAAGUCAAAGUCAAGAAAGAGAUGGAGAACCUAGAGAUAAUGGUCCUGUGAGUUCUCAGUGUUGUCAUACUACAUCUGCAAGUUUGAGCCCUCCCAAGAAAAAAAGAGCUCUACAAGGGCCAUGUGCCAAACAAAUUCCUGUGCCUCAGCCAGAAACUUCUGCACAAAGAAAAGGAAGUAAACCAGACAUGCCAAUCACCUUCCAACGUCGAGAAAGCACAAGAACUGGUUGCAUAGGGAAAGCCAGAAAAACUAUAAGUGGUAAAUGGGAAAGUCAGAUGUGGAGAGAAAAGAAGUUCGGCUUAAUAGAUCACCUACGAUACAGCUGUAUUUAUCCUGAAAGUAUUCCACGGAGAUUUGUUUUAGAACACAGAAAUUUUCUUACUCAGCAGUAUAAUUCUCAGCCUGCAAAAUACAUACCACAAGAAGGAAGACCCCCAAAUCUUUAUGAUUUUAAGAGUGCCCUAGUCCUUGGACAUUUUGAAGUAACCAUCUUAGGUCUGAAUCAUGAGAUAGCAAUCAGUGUUGCAUUCCUUCCUGAGUAUUCUCCGGAAGAUGUCCGAACAUCUCAAAUAGACACAUUAUUGACCUGCAUGAAUUACAGCUGUGUGUUUCCACAGGAAUUAACUGGCAAUGACAGAUUUCAAGGUCCAAAAACAGUUACAGGUGAUAUUAUAAAAGCAGCAACUGAAUUGGAUAAAGUGCAUAUCGUUGGUAUCUUGGAUAUCUGUAAUUUAGGUAACGGUAAAACAGAAGUCUAUUUGCACAAAAUUUAUAGACCAGAUAAAACUUCUUAAAAAUUGGCAGAUGAAAUUAUUAAAGGUUAUAAAGAGGGCAUGGCUUUAAAGAUAUUCUGUCAAAAAAAAGAUAUUCUGUCAUUUUGUUGGUAAUUUCAGUAACUGUUUCUCAGAGUAUUACAUACACUCUAAAGUUAAGUGGUUUUAUGUUCGUCUUGUAUUUGGAGCUAACACACUUCAUUUUAAAUUCAUUCUUUGGAAAGGUCAUUGAAACAAUUUGUGUGUAUCAAGAAAGUUCAUCUUACUUCUUUCUAUAUGACUGUUAUCUUGACUUGUGAUAAUUUGUGUUCACUGUUCUAUUUGUGAAGUAUACUUUUAUUCUAAAGCCUCAGCAUAAGGCAUCCCAACUUAAGAGUAACUUUUCAUGGACAUUUAACAUUUUAUUCGGCUGUAAUGGGGAAUUUUGAAUUGCUGAUUUGAGGAUUAAAUUCUCCUAAAAUGGUCAACCUGAAUUUCUCAAAACCAAGGUAGUUUCUAUCAUUUUCAAAAGCACACAUGGAUUGUUAUGUUCCAUUUGCCUUGGUCUUUAGUUUGGUCAGCUGUACAAAGAGCAUGCUAAAUUAAAUUGUUUUAAGGUUUUCUACUCCCUAAUGUGACUUCUUAUCCUUUGAAUUUCUAAAUGUUUUGACCAGUGUAUGGUCUUAACGCCAGAGGCUACGGUAUGUCUGUAUUCUUGCUAUGUUCAUUUGUAAUUUUGGUACAUGUAAUGUGAGUUUAAAUAGUGAAAAUUUAUCUCAAAUUAACAUUUUAAGUGCUCAUAUUGAAAGUAUAAAAGAGUAGCUAAGGGAAUUGAUUUUAUUCUGGUUGUCUAUCUUACUUCAUUUUAACUGUAAAUGGCCAUUCCACAUGUGCAAGAUUCUGUGAUUGACAUCUAUGUGGUUAGUUAGAUGAGCCAAAAUGACCAUCACUUGAGUUAAAAAGUACUGUUUCGGGCUUCCCUUAGUGGCACAGUGGUUGAGAGUCCACCUGCCGAUGCAGGGGACACGGGUUCGUGCCCUGGUCCGGGAAGAUCCCACAUGCCGUGGAGC